AUGCCAAAGCAGUUCGCUAGAAAUAAAGCCAAAGCAAACGCGAAGAAAUUGUCUAACGACCAGAAGGAUAAUGCUGAUCUUGAAGUUAGGAAAUCCAUGCUGAUAUAUUCAGCUGUUGUAUCUGUCAGACACCCAUCCAAGAAAGCCGAGGCCGUCUGCAAGCAGCUUAGAAAAAUUUUAAGUCCAGAUUGUCUAUCUAAAAUCGAAGUUAACCCAAAACUGCAGGACAUUGUGGAUGUUGCAGCACAAUUACUGGUUAAGCAGAUCAUUUACAUCUCUGAGAACGAGAUAAGAAUAGCCUUGUUGCCAACUGGACCGACCUACUCCUUCAAAAUUAUUGAAUAUGAAAAUAAUUUCAAAAACUUUCCAAAUGACAUCUACUGGACGACACCUUUUAUUACUUUUGAAGGCAAAAGCAGCACCAAGACUCUCUUCCAGAACUUUGGAACCAUGAAUAGAUCUGCAAGAAGAGCAUUGCACUUUCAUUUUGAUGACGAUCUAGUUCAUAUUAGACAUUAUGCCACUUCUAUUCAAAACACUGAUGAAAAUUUCGUUGUUCAUUUGAAAGAAAUAGGACCAAAGCUUGCGCUGAAGCUUUUGGAAGUUAAAAAUGGAGUGUUUCCUGGAAUGAAUCUAAAACAUACACAAAGAUAUAGAUAA